AUGUCCUCGGUCGCGUCUGGUGUUUGUGGUCCUCUCGUCGAAUCUUAUGACCUGCCAUCACUCAGUACAUAUUGUCGGACUGCCACCGAGUCAAUUACACCAUCCAUUUGCUCUCAACAACUGCAAUUACCGCGAGCGCCCUUAUUCCUUACACGUACUGGGCCACAUCUUCAGCGAUUUUGGAUCCUUGUAGAAAUGGACCCCGCAACAGGCCAAACUCGGAAGGAUUUCACUGAGUGGUGGCUUCAAACAGAGUAUGGCACAAGAAAAGACAUCGAGACCACCAUUCAUUGGGACCACAAAAAGAGAGCUUCAGUCUGGGAUCACUUUGAGCAAGUAGCUCAUGAACGGACAGGAGAGCCUAAAGUUAUGUGUAAGCGUUGCCUUACUACACUUACUCAUCCAAAUAUUCGGCGUGGAGGAACAUCACCAAUGAACACACAUCUGAAAGGGAAUACCUGUCAUCCAAAGCAUGGGAUUGGCAAGUUACUUGCGAAGCAGUCACAAACUUCAAGAGCAACUUUAACUACUUUCUCUGAAGAAGCGCUUGCCCAGAAAGUCCUAUCUCUUAUCCUCGUCGCACGGCUCCCAUUCCGUAUCCUUGAUCGUCCAGAAUUCCAGGAAUUAGCUGAUCUAAUUGCUGUUGCUCCCUCACGGGUCAAACUACCCUCGCCCCGGACGAUUAGCCGACAACUACACUCGAAUAUCCAACAAGGACAACAGAGUAUAAUAGAUAUGCUCCCAGAGGAUAGUAGACUAUCUCUAUCACUUGAUUGCUGGACAUCACCUUUCCAGCAGGGCUUUAUGGCUAUUACUGGUUAUUUUCUGGAUAACGAUUGGGAGUAUCGAGAGGCUCUACUUGGCUUUGAACCCUUACAAGGCUCACAUACUGGGAGUAACCUAAGCUCAGUAGUUAUUGGUAUUCUCGAAAAGUAUAAAAUUGCCGAUCGGGUUCUGUCAGUAACAACUGAUAAUGCUACCAAUAACAAUACAAUGAUGCUCAGUAUUCAGGAUGAGUUUAAAAGUCAGGGCAUUGGAAGUGACAGGCUUGGUAAUGGUAUAUUCCGUGUUCCAUGCCUGGCCCAUGUGAUCCAACUGAGUCUGAAUCAACUUCUCGGAAAAAUAAAAGCAAUGCCAUCCAAUAAUGAGGCAGAGGAUGGAUGGCCAGAUGACCGUGAGCGCCAGGCGCGUUCCCAGCAAUCAAAGAGAGAGAUUAUCCAGACUUUGAACAAGAUCCGAAAUCUUGCUAUCUUUAUUAAUGCAAGUCCUCAGCGCCGAGCUGCAUUUCUUGUAAUCCAGUCCCAGGAGCCUCGACUGCUUCCUCUUCAAGAUGUACGGACUCGAUGGAAUUCUACAUUUCUGAUGCUCGGCCGAGCAAAACGACUACAGAAGAGCUUUCGAGAAUACUGUACAGCAAACGGCUAUCUCCAUUUUCAGCUUGACAAAGAAGAAUGGCGUCAGAUCGACUACUUACUGUGUAUCACUGAGCCAUUCUUUAAGUUUACAACUGCUCUCUCGAAAACAAAAGACACCACAAUCCAUCUUAUCUUUGGUGUUUACAAUAAGCUUUUCAAUCACCUGGAGAACUCCGAGAACCAGCUUCGCCGAAAGAGACUCCCAUGGAAGAAAUCAAUGCUGAGGGCAUUACAGGCGGCAAGGGAAAAGCUUUCUGAGUAUUAUCAAGCAACUGAUAAGGAGUUUUAUGGGGAUCUUUAUGGUAUUGCUACCAUUCUUGCCCCAUCAAAGAAACUUCGAUUCUUUACCUCAAGAGAUUGGCAAGGGGAUAUUGAUUUUGGUGCAAGAUAUCGUGGGUGUCUUGAAAAAGAGUUCUGGCGAUACAAACGGCGAUUUUCAGAUCAAGCUGAAGAAUCAUCCUCUGAUGUCCGGCAGAACUCCAGUGAUAUUAAUGAGAUUGAGAUGCUAUGUGACUCACAGACUUCAUUUUAUGCAGCAGAAGUACCAGCAGAGGAGGAGGAUGAUGAACUGGCUCGAUAUCUUGCAAAAGGCCUUAUUUCACAACAGCCCCGUUUAUUCUGGAGGGAGCAUCAAAAAGAGUUCCCAGUGCUGGCUGCACUAGCCCGGGAUAUUCUUUCAAUUCCUGCGAGUGGCGCAGGUGUUGAGCGUCUUUUUAACUGUGCUCGAGAUAUUUGUCACUACAGACGGGGCCGCCUUAACGCUGAUACUAUCAAGGAGUUGAUGCUGCAAUCGUGUGCUGUAAAAUUUGAGGUUGAACAGAGAGAGAUUGACUUUACAAAAGAGCUUGUACUAGCGGGUGAGGCAGCGAUGAUUGAACAAGACAGAGGAUCAAUAGCCCCUCUUCCAGCAUUGGAUCCAAUUAGCGAUAAUGAAGAGGAGGAAGGAGAGAAGGAGGAGGAGGAGGAGGAGGAGGAGGAAGAUAGACAGGAGCCAUCAGGAGAGACACAAAAACGAGCGCGUUCUGGAAGUACUAGCUCGCAGGAGGAUCAAAUGGAACACGAAGGCACACAGCGAGCGACGCGGAUUCGCAAGAAGCCUAAAAUGCCAGAGGGGUUCCAACUGGCGCCUUUGUAG